GUCUUCAGCCUCUUCCUGUCCUAAGUAACACGAGACGACCCUCCCCAUGCAUUCGGCCGAAAGAACAGACGCUUAGGGCGGGAGUUUCAGGCAUUUCAGUGCGACAGAGAAAACAAAAUGGCAGAACCAAUGGAAACCAAUCUCUCUUCAGAGCCCCUCGACCUCCAUGCCAUUCACAGUCGAAUAAGAGAGCUCGCAGAUCUCCACACAUGCAGCGGAGACAAUAUUACCGAACUAAGCCCUUCAGAUUCGGAGAAAUUACUGACAGACUGCGCUCUCGAUCUCGAGAGCAGAGUGAAGCAAAUUGUGUCAGAGCGCUCCGAUGUUAGUUCCUUAGGGGUUGACGACUUGGAUGCAUACUUGGCAUGUCUAAAAGAGGAGCUUAACAUGGUGGAGGCCGAAAGUACUGAGUUCUCCAAUGAGAUUGAGAUUCUUACUAGAACUAAUGUGGAAGAUUCUAAUCGAUUGGAGACAGAUCUUGAAGGGUUGGAAUAUGCUUUAGAUUUUAUAGCAUCACAGGGACUGAAGAAAACUAAAGCUGUUAUUUGCCCUUCAUCUGCAGAAGAUCAGUUAAAUUUGAGGAAUGAUUGUGUGGAUCACAAGUUUGAGCUAUUAGAACUCGAAGAUCAGAUUGAGAGGAAGAAAAAGAAUUUAAAGUCUUUGCAGGAUCUUGAUUAUAUGUACAGAUGGUUUGAUGCCGUAGAACAGAUUGAGGAUGUGUUGACAGGUCUAAAGGUCAUUGCAUUCACUGAAAACUGCAUUAGGUUGUCAUUGCGGACAUACAUCCCAAAAUUAGAAGGCCUUUUGUAUCAACAUACUACUGAAAACAUCAUUGAACCAUCUGAAAUGAAUCAUGAGUUACUAAUAGGAGUUCGGGAGGGGACUAUGGAGCUAAAGAGUGUGGAGAUAUUUCCGAAUGAUGUAUACAUAACUGACAUUCUUGAUGCUGCAAAGUCUCUCAGUAAGUCUUCAUUGCAGUGGUUUCUAACAAAAACACAAGAUAGAAUUACUCUCUGCACUCUAAGGCGACUUGUGGUAAAGAGUGCAAAUAAAUCAAGACACUCAUUUGAGUACUUGGAUAGAGUUGAGAAUAUAGUAGCUCAUAUGGUUGGGGGAGUUGAUGCAUUUAUACAGAUCCCUCAAGGUUGGCCAGUAUUAAGUUCUCCGUUGAAGCUGAUAUCUCUCAAGAGCUCAGAUCAUUCAAAGGAGAUUUCCUUAACUUUUCUUUGCAAAGUCGAGGAAGUGGCGAACUCCUUAACCAUACAAUUACGGCAGGAUGUGUCCACCUUUGUCGAUGCUGUUGAAAAGAUACUUGUAGAACAAAUGCGCUUAGAACUUCAUUCAGAUGGUUCAGAAAAACGACUGCUAUGAUUCUCGAUUAUCAUUCAAAAAUGUCAAGAACUCAGGAUUUUUAUGUUGUGCGUAUAAAUUUGAAAUUAACUUAUUACUUUGAUGAAAUUCUAACAAAAUAACUGGUGAAGCAGUUGCCAAAAAUAUAUCGUUAUUAAGGUUAGACAAGAAUA